AUGCUGAAAUUAGCUAGUGCCGUUUUGUAAAUAAAUAAUAUUACUGACGGCUAAAUCAGAAGUCCUCUGGCGACGGACGGCGACAGGAUGGAGACGGAGGACCAGGAGGAGAGCGACUGGCAGCCGGUGAAGCCGCAAACGCUCAUUCAGGGUCUUAAGUGCCCAGUAUGCUGGGAUUACUUUGUAAACCCGCACACGCUGCCGUGUGGGCAUACAUUCUGUGUCAGAUGCCUUCAGAGCCUGGCGCGGCUCACCCGUAGCUCCAGGACACGGACGCCCUUGGACCGCCUGCGCCUCCGUUGUCCCUCCUGUCGAAGGAACGCUCUGGCCCGCCCCUUCCUCCGGCGCCGGGCGUCCGUCAACUACGCAAUCAAAGGUCUCGUCGACGAGUGGUUCAACUCGCCAUAUUUCUCUGGCAGCGUUGAUUUUAUCCAGCUAAGGUCAGUCAGUUGCCAAACAGAACAUGAUGUCGUAAAUGAGGCCAUAGAUGACGUCAAAGAGGAGGUCAAAGAAGACGAUCCUGACAAAAGCAUAACGUUGCUAAGCAGCAGGACUGACGUCAUUUCGUCGACAGAGUUUCGUCAAGUACUUUUUCAUAGAAUCGGAUCGAAAGCGAGUAUAGACAGUGAAAGAAAAGGACAACUGCACGUUGAAGAGACGCCAUCAGAUGACGUCGAUAACGCCGUUUCUGACGUCACGGCGACGUCAAGCGAUGAAUCUGAAGAGUCGGAAAAUGAGAUAGCAGAGUUAUUCGGGGACAUACAAGUUGUGAACGUUGAACACGCGCCCUUCAGACGUUUACGGCGUUUUGACGUCGCGUCCAUAGCAAACGUUCUGAAGCUUUUCUUUGGAGAAAUUAAGCACAUUUUCAUAGCAAUUCGAUCUUCAAGAAGUCGGACACUAUUGACAAUAUUUUGGUUUCUGUACGGAGGACUAAUAGUCAGCAUUUCGAGAAUUUUUCUACCAUGGAUGGCGUUCUAUACCCUUAUUUACUUUGUCAUCAUUUAUGCAGAAAUUACCCCGCCAUAAUUUCUGCGUUGAGUACAUGCUGAUCAUUUGAACAAGGUCGCUACAAGGUCGAUUUGGUUGACAAUUUAUCAUUGACAGUCGAUGUAGUUGUUCGUGAAGUUUAAGCUCAAAUUCACUAAUAUUUAUCUUACAAUCAGUUUUACCUACAAGGUCAUACGACCAUGAUAAA